AUGCGGUCAGCCAAAAGGACACAAACCUACUGGCUCGCUGGGUGUCGGGGCGGGCGGUACGGCGGGUGGGGCGCCAUUGGCCCGCCGGGGCACGCCUCCGAGGAAGCUGCCGGUGCCGCCGCGCCGUCGCUCCGCAUCACGCGGCACCAAUUCUUACUUUUACAUUUGCAAACUUCACCAAACAUUCCCACUUGCACACUCAAGUUUAAACUACUUCCAUGA